UGAACAUGUUCCUGAAGCGCCUGUGUGAAGAGACUGGAUAAACAUCAACACAGGUGGUCAGUGGAAGUGCAUUUUAAUCCGAGCACCAAGGUUAAAGAUGCCCGAGCAUGGAAACACACUUCUCUUCCUAGUAACCUUUGCGUUUUUGUCAUCAUGGAGAGUUUGUGACAGUGGCAAGAUUCUAGUAGUACCCUUCGAGGGCAGCCACUGGGUGAACAUGGAAAUUUUGGUCAAAGCACUCCAUGCUCGCGGACACUCCGUAGACGUGAUUCGGACCGACAAGAGCUGGUACAUCAAAGACAGCAUGCCACACUACGACGCCAUCACAGUAUCCGUCAACGAAGUGUUUGACUCGGUCUUCGUCAACCGCCUGCUGGAGGGUAUAUUUGCUCUGGAGAGGGAGCAAAGCUCUGUGAUGGCCUUUGUGGGUCUGCAGCUUGAAAUGUUCAAAGCUAUGUCCGGUACGACCAAGAUCAUGUGCAAAGUAGCCAGCAAGAUAUUACGAGAUGACGAUUUAAUGGCUCGUCUGAAGGAGCGUCAGUAUGACCUGGUCCUCACUGACCCUGCGCUAGGCACGGGUGUCAUCUUGGCUCAUGCCCUACAGGUCCCUUUAGUCUAUAAUGUGCGCUGGAUGGCAAGUAAGGAGGGGCAUCUGGUCCUGGCGCCUUCUCCUUUGUCUUAUGUUCCCAUUGUCGGCUCCGGACUGUCUGAUAAAAUGACUUUCCUUCAGAAAAUCAAGAAUCUUGGGUACUUCGCCAUUGGGGAAUUUCAGUAUAGGUUUUUAGUCGUACCCCAAUAUCAAGCUGUUUGUGACCAGUUCUUUGGCCCAGAGGUGAGAUAUGAUGAACUUGUACAGGGAGCAGACCUAUGGCUCAUGAGAGCGGACUUUGUCUUUGAGUUUCCUCGCCCUACCAUGCCCAACAUAAUCUACAUGGGAGGCUUCCAAUGCAAGCCUGCUGGACCUCUACCUGACCAUCUGGAGACGUUUGUGCAGAGUUCUGGAGAACAUGGAGUCAUCAUCAUGACUUUGGGGACUAUGGUGAGCCAACUCCCUACAGAUAUAGGUGAUGAGAUCGCGGCGGCUUUUGCCAAGCUCCCCCAGAAGGUCAUCUGGAGCUACAAAGGUGCUAAACCUGCCAAUCUGGGCAACAACACUCUCGUGGUGGACUGGAUGCCGCAGAAAGACCUCCUUGGACAUCCCAAGGUGAAGCUCAUCGUGGCUCAUGGAGGGACAAAUGGUGUCCAGGAAGCAAUUUACCACGGAGUUCCAGUAGUAGGAAUACCCCUGUUUUUCGACCAGCAUGACAACCUGCGGCGUCUCACAGAGAGAGGAGCAGCUGUGGUAGUCACGUUAGCCUCAGUGGACAAAGACGACAACUUCCUGAAGGCCCUACAGGAAGUUCUUACCAAUCCAACCUACCGGAACAACAUGCAGAGGCUUUCCAGGCUGCAUAGAGACCAGCCCAUCGCGCCGAUCGACAACGCCCUCUUCUGGAUCGAGUUUGUCAUGAGGCACAAGGGCGCAGCUCACCUGAGGACAGAGUCCUACAAGCUUCCCUGGUACACCUACUACUCUGUGGACAUCGUCUUUACUUUCUGUACAACGGUGGCAGUGAUGAUUUUGCUCCCAGUUGUGUUCUUUAGGAUGCAUGUCUUCAAAACAAUUAGAAAAUGA